CGGACGUUCCCUUAAGUACUGCGUAGUGCGGCAAGCCUGUGAGUCGGAGUGCCCGCACCGGCGGACUACUAAAGCCCAGGUAGCGGUCGAGUUCCUGUGGACGGAGAGCAGAGACUUAACUCUCCUAGUGUCUUUCCAUACGGAAACCUUCCAUCAGUACUGAAACUUGUACUCUAUGAGCUAUCCCAGUCAUCUCUUGUUGCGCCAGAUGUGUAUGACUGAAGGAAAAGUCGAAAAGGCGGGGCAGAGCGCUGACAGACGUCGUCACGAUUUUCCGACGGAAAAUCCUCACAAGCAGCAGCGGACGCAAUGCAGUUCCACGGCACAGUUCGUGUAGUUUUUGCCGGAGUCAUCAUCUUCCUCACAAGUGCGAAUUGUGCAUUUGCCCAGUCAUCAAUAGGCCUGACGCUACCCGCCAGUGUGAACACUGUUCUAGGUGAUCCAGUGACUCUGCCGGCCACUUACGACACGAGUAGCAAAAUUGUCCUUGUCCAUUGGAGCAAAGUAGACAAGACCGACCCGAAUCUGAGGAGACAACCGGUGUUUUCCUACUACCCGACGUCGAAGUCCUCCAAGCUUAAGGCGUAUGGAGACUACGAGGGCCGGACGGAGCUGGUCGGCUCGGCGUCGUUAAAGAUCCAGUCGACCACCGAUGAAGAUGAGGGGACGUUCGCGCUUCAGAUCGCUGCAGAGGGGGAGGGGACUCAGGAGGGGUUCGUGGACUUAAAGAUACUAAGGUCGCCAUCAGUGACAGUGGGACCGUCCAACCCAUACGUCAUUUCCGUUGGGAGAGCGGUGUCUUUAUCUUGCUUUGUGAGAAAUGCUAAACCAAACAUCACGGCUCUUCGUUGGACCAAAGACGGAGCUGAGAUAGACAGCGCCAGAUUCGAAACCAAGUAUUCUGGCGGGAAUCUGCAGUCGCCGAAUCUGGUGAUACGUCACAUAACCCGGUCUGACGCGGGUGUGUACACCUGUACUGCUGAUCACGUGGUCCGUCCCGGAAGUGCGUCUUUGACCUUGAAUGUGCACUAUCCUGCCAGAAUCGUCAGCAUGUCUGAAUCCCAACAAGUAGCAGUUGCUGAUCACGUGACCCUUCAGUGCAUCGCAGAGGGAAACCCGCCACCAAACAUCACGUGGGCACGGAACGGCCGGCGCCUGCGCAGUGUGACGCGAUCUGUGUCACGUGACGUACGGGAAUGCUCUAUGGUGUUUGAAAAUGUUGGCGUCAACGCCACAGGCACGUACGUGUGUACGGCAGACAACAACGUGGAUAAGAGUGACGUCAAGUCCGUAAUGUUGACAGUGGAUGAUUCUUCCCCAGACGUUGGAAGUACGGUUGCUAUUUUAGUUGGCGCCAUCGCCGGUGGACUUUGGCUGCUCGUCUGCAUGGGCCUGACGUUCUACUUCCUCAGACGGCGCCGCCAAAGGGCCGAGAAGAAGAGAUUCUCCUUCUACUGUAAGAUGGGGAGAACCAGUCACGGGCCUCUCGGAGACACGGUGCAACAGGAUAUGUUGGAUAUCGGGCGGCAUCCAGACCUGCAGUUACCAGAGAAGAGUACUAUGCCGUCGGCUCCCAUGUCUGGUAUUGAAACUCUCAGACGUUCCAAGAAGCUCAGAGAGCGCCGCUAUGCCAGAGCCAUCUAUCCAUAUUCAACCCAAGAGGACAACGAGUUAAACCUGGAGAUUCAUGACGUCAUCGAGGUUCUGGAGGGGGAAGAUGGCGGCUGGUGCCUGGGUUACCUGAGCGGCAGGAUAGGCCUGUUCCCCUCCAACUAUGUCCGCUUCAUAACGGCAAAAGAAGCGGCUGCGGCAAAGCACGUCCGAGACAAACUGGAGACAAUGGACUCAACCAACCUUCCUACCAAGGGGAGCAUCUGAGUUAGCUGGCUCAUCAUAUAUACAGUAAUCCAAAAUGGCUAUCUCAACAACUUUUCCUGUGCAAGGAAAACUACUAUAAUAGAUCACCAAGCAAGAAGCGGUUUGAAAGUUGAAGACGUUUAUUUCCAGGUUCUUGUAAACAUGUAAACAGAUACAUUAAAAAUGUAAUGUUAAUCGCGACGUCUUAGUAUUGUAAAUACAUUGAGUAGUGAAAUAUUACUGAUCUGGGAAUAGCGUCGUCGAUCGUCCUUGUGUAGUCCCGUGAGUUAAUGCUGUUCCUUGUGCAACCGCAAGGAGCGUUUCUGUACAGUAAUGUCGGGAGAUUUUCCCAGAUUCUCUGUACAAAUGGCAAAGCCAACAAUAUUCAGACUCAUACAAUGCAGUGUGCAUUGCCAUUGUAUUGUGCAGUGCCAGAGCACUAUGAAUUCCCUGGAAUUUCAUGGUCAAUGUAAAAUAAAGAAUUCUGUGUGUUUGAAGCAUC